AUGUCCUCUGGCUUCCUCCCACCAUCCGACUACAAAACCCCACCAUGGCCCUCUCUCUACUGGCCUGUCACCGACCCCCUCAACCAUGGCUACUUCAUCGGGAGUCUUGUCGGAUUGGCGAUAGCGGCGAUCUACAAUGCAGGAGCAUAUCGCAUGUCGACAUGGGUGCCCAUGCUAUGGGGACUCAUCCAAGCCCUCGUCGUCAUCAUGGGGUCCUACUCCACCGUCACCACCAUCCUCUAA